AUGGGCGGACAACUGGGCGUAUCUCAGAGUGCAGAGACAGGUUCAGAUACGGGUGCAGCUACAAGUUCCAGCACAGCUGAGCUCCAGGCAUCUCUAAAGAAAAUACAUGUAGAACUCCGAGAUCUACGCAAGCAACACAAAUUCCAACAACUGGAAGCCGAGCAGGCCAAAUGGGAUGAACAGUUCGCUGCGGCAUUCCAGCACAGGAGUACAGAGAAUCCGAGGAGUGACCUGACAGAACACACACUGCUGGUUGCCAGGGCUGCACAGCAGAGUGUUGCCGGAAUCAAGCAGAUCUCUCAACUUCCCAGCGAUGCGGAUCCAAUGCAGGCUACAAACGCCUACUUCCAAGCUUUUGCCGGGGUCAUGAGCAUUGCCGGGCCGGAAACUGCUGCGGUCGUGGGGACGCUUGCCGGCAUCGUGGAUAUCUUUGCAUACCACAUGCAGUCGCGACAAGAAACUCUGACUGCAGCAAUCGCGCACAUGUUCCGCCACGCAGUCGAUGCGUUGAAAGAACACAUAGACCAGCAGUUUGCACAGCAACGCCUCGACGACAUCAGGAACAGAAUUGAGGGUUCUAUGCAGCUUCUUCGAGUGAUCAAUUCAACCUGUGAUGGCUUCAGGGCCGAGCAUGAUACUUACAACAUGAAAGAGAGGGAGCGCGGCCUCGAAGAUUUGACUACAACAUUCCGCACUUUCAGCGCGAAUGUGCGGAAAGACCUGGCUACGUUGAAGAACUACAUUCUCUCAGACAGCAGUUUUUCCAACUUCUAUGGGCCAAGGUAUGGCGAACGAGACUCAAUUAAUUGCUAUCCUACGCAUUUGCACGGUCAUCACGAGCUGAAUUGCAAGAAGUUACAGGCAAUUUUGUCAGCGUACGUGGAGAUCUCUGACGCUUAUGUGCAUGCUCUUUUGAUGCUUCAGUGGACCUUGGCCUUGGACCAUGAGCUAGGCUUUCGUGCCGUGAGUGACAACCUCCACCAUGACGAAGAUGCCAUGCGCAUCGAAUUGAAAGGCGUGUUGGCAACGGUAAUCUCCCAACUACUAACAUGGGCAAACGACCGCAACUCUGAAAAUUGGAUGGACUGGGAGUACAUCGACGACCGGCCAGAGAGGACCUUGAUCCAUGCUGCAGCGGGUGUCACACCAGCAGGAUCGGGCAAAGAAAUGAUCAGCGUCGACGACAUACUGCGUUUGCAGUAUCAAGUGCGGGUCUGGCAUUCAAGAUUUGAUGUUCAGCAAGAUAUCCGAAGAGCUCGGACUCGGGCCGACGAAUUUGACGUCAACAUGUACGACGCGACACUGGUGGCUGUGAAGGUUUUCGAGACGGACCAGUGCCUGUCGUUUAUUGACGACUCUCUUCGCACCAUUCCCAAACCCAGCAAUGGAUCCACCGAUGAUUUUUUCGACAACAUGAAGUUCAAGUUGGUUGACUUUGGUGACUAUGUUGGCUUUCAAAGCCCUCAGUUCAAGAAGUGGAUGUAUGUGAACGUUGAAUCAGUUUGUGUUUGUGAUGGUCGCUCAAGCUUUGAGGUUGGUCUGUGUCCUGUUCGAGGCAAUCCAAGAAAUGAUGUGAGAAUGCGUUUUCAAGUCGUCACAUUUGGUGCAAGCUCAUACGCCGGACUCAAAAGCUUGCGCAGUGACAAAUGGUUGGCUCCCGCAGAUGAAACUGGAGUACUUCAGUGUUGGCGUCGCGGUAAAGAUCCCACGCGUGAAAGGCGCCUUCGCUGGGAAGUGUGCCGUCUGGGUCAACCCGAGAAGAUGGAGGUGCCUGCGAUCUUACAAUGA